AUGGCAAAAACAAAAUCUAAAAAGUCGAAAUCGACUGCAGCCGAUUCGUUGCAACUAACAGCCGAUGCACAAAAAGAAUAUAAAAUUACCCUACAAGAAUUAGAAUUAUUAAUGCAAACGAGAGGACGUGAAGGAAUGGAAAUAUUACAAAAUGCACAUGGAGGAAUACAAGGAGUUGGAGAAAAGUUAAAAACAAAUAUUAUUUCUGGUUUGAGCGGUGAUCCAGAUGACAUAACAAAACGUGAACAAGCAUUUGGUCGUAAUGAAAUUCCUCCAAAACCACCCAAAACAUUUUUUCGUUUAAUGUUUGAAGCAAUUCAAGAUGUAACAUUAAUUAUUUUAAUUAUAUGUGCCGUUAUUUCAUUUGGACUUUCAUUUUAUCAUCCAGAUUCAGAUUCCUUUGAAGAAGAUUCAAAACAAAAAGAAGCAAAUGUUGAAUGGAUUGAAGGUGCAGCAAUUAUUAUCGCCGUCGUUGUUGUUGUAUUAGUAACUGCAUUUAACGAUUGGACGAAAGAACGACAGUUUAGAGGAUUACAAUCAAAAAUUGAAUCAGAUCAAACAUUUAAUGUACUGAGAAAUAAUGCCCCUGUACAACUACCAAUUAAAGAAAUUGUCGUCGGUGAUAUUUGUCAGGUCAAAUAUGGUGAUCUAUUGCCGGCUGAUGGUGUUGUUGUUCAAUCGAAUGAUUUGAAAGUCGACGAAUCAUCAUUAACAGGAGAAUCAGAUUUAAUGAAAAAACAUGAAUCAAAAGAUCCAUUUUUAUUAUCCGGUACACAUAUCAUGGAAGGUAGUGGUAAAAUGUUAGUAUUAGCUGUUGGUGAACAUAGUCAAACAGGAAUAAUCUUUAAAUUAUUGGGAGCAACGAAAGAUGAGAGCGAGGAAAAGAAACCGGAGAAAAAGAAAAAAGAUACAGAAGAUACACUUGGUAAUCAUGAAUUACAAGAUGUAGUAGCUCAAACAGAUGCAGAGCAACCUGACGAAGAGAGCGGAUUUAAAGUUAAAGAAAGAUCUAUUUUACAAGCAAAAUUAACCAAAUUAGCCAUACAAAUUGGAUAUGCUGGCAUGACAAUUGCCAUAUUAACCGUACUUGUAUUAUUUAUUCGUUUUUCAAUCGAAGAAUUUGCCCAGAAACAUCGAAAAUGGGAUAAUAGAUAUUGGAAUCGUUUUGUGAGAUAUUUCAUUACGGGUAUUACAGUGUUAGUCGUUGCCGUACCUGAAGGCUUACCGCUGGCUGUCACAAUAUCAUUAGCCUACGCUGUCAAGAAAAUGAUGCACGAUAAUAAUUUGGUUAGACAUCUGGAUGCAUGUGAAACAAUGGGAAACGCUACAGCCAUAUGUUCAGAUAAAACGGGAACAUUGACAACAAAUCGUAUGACAGUUGUACAAGUAUAUGUGGGUGAAAACCCUUAUAAAGAAGAAAGAGUUAAAAGUAUUCCUUUACCAGAUAAAACACGCGAAAUUAUUAUAGAAGGCAUUUCUGUCAACAGUGGCUAUUCAUCAGAAUUGUUGCCUCCAUCGGAGAGAGAUACAUUACCAAAACAAGUUGGUAAUAAAACUGAAUGUGCUCUGCUGGGUUUUGUGCUCAACUGUGGUGGAUCAUAUGAUGCAAUUCGAGCCCGCUAUCCAGUAGAAAGUUUUGUGCAUGUUUACACUUUUAACUCCGUGAGAAAAAAUAUGUCAACAGUUAUACAACGAGAUGAUGGAACAAUAAGAAUGUAUACCAAGGGAGCAUCAGAAAUUGUAUUGAAAAAAUGUAAAUAUAUUUUGAAUCGUAAUGGUGAACCAAUACCAUUUUCAACGGUUGACUAUGAUCGUCUUCUUCAAACGGUUAUUGAACCAAUGGCUUGUGAUGGACUAAGAACAAUCUGUGUUGCAUUUAAAGAUCACAUACCAGGAAAAUUACCUGAUUGGGAUAAUGAAGUAAGUGUGGUGGAUGGCUUAACGUGUAUUUGCAUUUGUGGAAUCGAAGAUCCAGUUAGACCAGAAGUAACAGCAGCUAUCGCUAAAUGUAAAAAUGCUGGUAUAACUGUACGUAUGGUUACGGGAGACAAUGUGAAUACAGCUCGAUCAAUAGCAUUGAAAUGUGGCAUCAUUACAGCCAAGGAUAAUUUCUUAGUUUUGGAAGGAAAAGAAUUUAACAGAAGAAUUAGACAAAAACAAGAUGGAAAAGUUGAUCAAGCUCUAUUUGAUAAAGUGUGGCCCAAUUUACGUGUAUUAGCUCGAUCGUCGCCACAAGAUAAAUAUGUCCUUGUGAGCGGAAUAAUUGCAUCAAAAAUAAAUCCAUCACGAGAAGUUGUAGCCGUGACGGGAGAUGGAACAAAUGAUGGACCAGCGUUGAAAAAAGCCGAUGUUGGAUUUGCUAUGGGUAUUCAAGGUACAGAUGUGGCAAAAGAAGCAUCGGAUAUUAUAUUAGUCGAUGAUAAUUUUAAUUCCAUUGUCAAAGCCGUUAUGUGGGGACGAAAUGUGUAUGACUCGAUAGCGAAAUUUUUACAAUUUCAAUUAACUGUCAAUGUUGUCGCCGUAUUUUGUGCAUUUAUUGGUGCAUGUAUUGUUAAAGAAUCUCCGUUAAGAGCCGUACAAAUGUUAUGGGUUAAUUUAAUUAUGGACACAUUAGCUUCUCUGGCAUUAGCUACAGAAGUACCAACCGAAGAUUUAUUAACGAGAAAACCGUACGGUAGAACACGACCAUUAAUAUCUCGAACAAUGAUGAAAAAUAUUCUUGGGCAUGCUGUUUAUCAAUUGAUUGUCAUGUUAUUUAUACUUUUUGCCGGCCCGAGUAUAUUUGAUAUGGAUGAUGGUCGACCAGUCGAUGGUGUUUAUAAACCCUCGCAACAUUUCACGAUGAUAUUUAAUGUUUUCGUACUAAUGACAUUAUUCAAUGAAAUCAAUUGUAGAAAAAUUCAUGGUGAAAAAAACGUAUUUCGAGGAUUCUUUACAAAUCCAAUAUUUUAUGGUAUUUGGAUAGUGACAUUUGUCGUUCAAAUUGUACUCGUUCAAUUUGGAUCAAUUGCGUUCUCUUGUGUAGCAUUAAGCUUAGAUCAAUGGAUGUGGUGUUUCUUAUUUGGAGUGACAGUACUGCUAUGGAAUCAAAUCGUUAAUUUAAUCCCUGUGACGCGUCAUAUGCCAAAAUGGGGUGAAGGUGAAGUCUAUGAGCAAAAUAUAGUUGGUGAUCCAACGAGUUCACAAGAUCAACGUGCAGCUGCGGCUAACUUAACCAAAGGACAGAUAUUGUGGUUAAGAGGAAUAACGAGAUUGCAAACACAGCUUCGUGUGAUAAAAGCCUUUCAAGAUUCAAUUGACCGUCUUCAACCUCAUGAAUUUAUAACACAUGAUAAAUUACGCGCAGCAACCGCUCCUCGAUCAUCCUCGUUCUAUGGUGAUGAUCAUCUGAUAAUAACCACAACCAAACCAAGAUCAAUAACAACAAUGUAA